UUAUUUUGGCUUGUAACGACAUAAUGAAGGGAAUACAGUUUUUGUUUUUAUACUCAGCCAUACACUCGUAAGUUUGAACAUACGAAAAUCUUGUGGCGUAUUGAGCGGACGAAGAAAGUGAACAGAGUUGGGUGCAAAGUGCAAAACAGCAUCAGUUCCCCUCUCCGACCAUUAAUCAUGGAGUACUCUACCCACAAACCUCACGCAGUGUGCAUCCCUCUUCCAGCCCAAGGCCACAUCAACCCCAUGCUCAGCCUCGCCAAGCUCCUCCACUCUAGAGGCUUUUACAUCACAUUCGUCCACACAGAAUUCAACUACCAUAAACUACACGACUCAGCUUCUUUGGAGAGUACUAGUGUUGAGGAUUUCCAGUUCGAGACGGUCUCUGAUGGGCUGCCUCCCGACAACCUCAGAGGCAUUCUUGACCUUCCUGCCUUAGCCUGCUCCGUGCCCGUACACACCCUGGAAUCCUUCCGACAACUCAUUAAGAAGCUCAACUCUUCACCUCUUCUGCCACCUGUUUCUUGCAUAGUGUCUGAUGGUGUGAUGGGUUUCACGUUGAAGGUUGCCCGAGAGUUUGGGAUUCCGGAGAUUUUGUUUUUUACUUCGAGUGCUUGUGGGGUGUUGGGUUAUCUUCAGUUUGAGAAGCUGAUUGAGAAGGGCUAUUUCCCAUUAAAGGAUGAGAGCUACUUGUGCAAUGGAUAUCUUGAUGCUACUACAGUGGAAUGGACGACACCGAUGGGCAGCAUUCGAUUGAGGGAUCUUCCGACCUUCCUCCGCACGACAAAUGCAGACGACAUAUUGUUCAACUACAACAUGGAGGCGGUAAACAAUGCCGUCAAAACAGGAAGCAUAAUUCUCAACACAUUUGAUGAGUUGGAGCAAGAAGUCUUGGAUGUCUUGAAAACCAAGUUUCCCAAUCUGUACACAGUGGGGCCAUUACCGUUACUCUGUCAGCAAAUCUGCGACCAGAAACUAGAGUCCAUUAAGUCAAGCUUGUGGAGAGAAGAUGAGAAAUGAUAGGAAUGGUUGGAAGGGAAACAGGCAAGAUCAGUUGUUUAUGUGAACUAUGGGAGCCUAGUGAUAAUGACUCCCAAACAGUUGCAUGAGUUUGCAUGGGGAUUGGCUAAUAGCAAGUACCCAUUCUUGUGGGUGAUUAGGCCUAAUCUUGUGAAUGGUGGGACUGAAGUCAUAUCGCAAGAUUUCUUGGAUGAGAUCAAGGGGAGAGCGCUGAUACUGGAUUGGUGCCCACAAGAAAAAGUGCUUAGCCAUCCUUCGGUUGGGGCAUUUCUAACGCAUUGUGGGUGGAAUUCGACGUUAGAAAGCAUUUGUCAGGGCAUACCGAUAGUCUGUUGGCCAUUUUUCGCUGAGCAGCAGAUGAAUUGUCUGUAUGCGUGCACACAAUGGGGGAUUGGAGUGGAGAUUGAUGCUGAUGUUGAGAGGGGGGAGGUUGAGGGGCUCUUGAGGGAGUUGAUGGAAGGGAGAAAGGGAGUGGAGUUGAGGGAGAAGGUUUUGGAGUGGAAGAAGAGAGGUGAGAGGGCUUCAAGACCUGGUGGCUCUUCUUACGUUAAUUUUGAUUUGUUAGUGGAAAAUCUCAAAGGGGGGAUGCAUAUUUGUCAGCCCUAGAUUGCUAUAUUCUUGAAAUCUGUGUGAAAUUAUAUUGUUCUAUAUUCAACUACACUGCAAACAAUAGAAUUUGUAAUAUAUAUUACGAUUGAUUCAGAUUUGAUUUGAAAAUGAGAAUUCAGACAGGAGUUUCAAAUU